AUGCCUGAGCGUCGAAUUUUCGUUGUGAGACAUGGCGAACGUUGCGAUUUCGCGUUCAGCAAAACGGGAACUUGGAACAAUUCAUUUGAUAGUCGCGGAAGAUAUAAUCCGCAGGACAUUAAUUUGCCGAGAAAUCUUCCGAAGAGAUCCGACGGAUGGCAGGCAUUUUUGUCAGACACGCCGCUUACUGAGAUCGGCUAUCUGCAGUCCAAAUUAACAGGUCGCGCAUUCCGUGAUCAAAAUUUGGAAAUCGAUCAUGUCUUCUGCUCGCCGGCACUCCGAUGCGUUCAAACGGCCAUCGGGCUUCUUAAAGGAAUGGGAAUUGAAAAACGCAUCAAUAUUAGCAUUGACCCGGCAUUGUAUGAAUGGAUGACUUGGACGCGACAUUCUCGUCCGAGUUGGAUUCCGGCGAGGGAUUUAAAGAAAUUGGGCUAUCCAAUCAAGGAUAAUUAUGUUCCGUGCAUGACUGAGAAGGAGCUUAAAUUGUCGGAGACGCUGAGCGAUUACUACAACAGAUCGUUUGCCAUGAUCAACAAGGUCAUUUCCGAGUGUCCAGAAGGAAACAUUCUCAUUGUUGGUCACGGUGCGACACUUGAAACAUGCACUAGACAAUUGGUCGGCGCUGACAUUCGUUCAAGCGACGACUUCUACUACCUGGUGCAGAACACACCAUAUUUGGCAUGCAUUGAAGCGGCGAGUCGAAAUGGUCUUUGGAAUCUUGUCGGCAGCCCGAUUCCGCCGUUCUCGCACACAUUCAAUCGCAGCUUCGAGCCAAUUCAGCUAAUGACGAAUGAUCUCCAAUCAAUCAAAAAUGAGCGUCAGGAGCGCGAUCGCCAACUUCGAACAACACAAUGA